UAUUGUUACCCAACCAAAGCAUAAUUCAGUUUCCCAUCUACUCCACUAUUAUACUACUUCAGUUUACAUCUCUUCACAAAAAAUAUUAGUAUCUGCUGGCACCCAACCCAAGCAAAUUUCAUUUCCCAAUCUACUAUCUAUUGCAAACUCGGGCAACUUCCUGCACGGCGGCGCGACAGGGUCGCUGCUUGACUUGGUGGGCUCUGCUGUCUUCUACACCACUGUGGCACAAACCAGGGGCUUGCCACUAGGGAUAAACGUCUCCUACCUGGAUGCUGCAUUUUCGAAUGUAGAGAUUGAUAUCGGAGCCAAGGUGCGCGCCGUAAAAGCAGUAGGAGUGGCUACUGCGGAACUGAAGAAAAAAUCUGGCAGAAUCAUCGCUCAGGCCCGCUAUUCCAAGUAUAUUGGUGCAUCUAGUAGACUGAAGGCGACCCUGCCAUAAAUAAAAUCAAUAGAAUUAUGUAUCCCAAAGAGCAAUACUACCUGACAAAGGCACCGUGAACAUAUAAAUCUGAUUACCAAAGGCUGAAAGCAAAAACCUCUGAGGAAAUUUUGAAACAAGAUGAUCUCCAUAACUGCGAGCCUGGUGUGAGUCUCUGAUGUCGUAAGCCAUCUUUCUCAAACCGACAAUUCCUACCAUAUCUGACAUUUAAACUACCUCUGUUUUCCACUAAAAGUCUAGUUAUACCAAUCAGAAUUAUAGGUAUUCAGACUGAUACAUGAUAUGUGUAGUGUAUGAGACAACCCUCUGCUAUCCUGUCCUCCCAUUGACUUGUUCUUCAACCAGUUAUCUAGAAGAAAAUUUCAGCAGAAUUAUUGUAUGCUAAGAACAGAUCUUCCGUCUGGAAAAUUGCUAUUUGAGGCUCUUUCAAGAACCAGUUUUGCCAUGGUUAUGGUCUCAGAGAGUUUAUUAUCCUAGGUAAGAAAUAUUCUGUUUUCUACCAGCCUUUUGUUUGGCUUUUGUUGUUUAUAUAUGUUAUGAGCUCUUCUCCUUAACUAUUGAAUGAAAUCGGGGUGAAUAUUCUGCCUCCGCUCCAGAAAAUACUAAUAAAAAAUUUGU